CCGUCGUCAUCGGCUGGGUCGUUGUCGGACACCGGCUGCACCGAAUCUGCGGCGGCUGAAAUGAGCCGUAAAUAUCAAACCGCUUUCCAGUCGUUCUCCAUCGAAUCUUUGAUCGGCGGCGGCACCGAGACGCCUCCGCCCACGGCCGACGCAACCUUAUCGUCACCGCCGUACUAUUUGGACGCGGCCGCCACGCAACUGCAGCAACGGUCGACGUUGGAACCGACGUCGAUGUUUAACUUUGAUUAUUUAAGCGUGUUGCGAUUGCAGUCGGCCGCAGCGGCCGCCGCGGCCGCCGUCGGUAAACCGUUCGCGUCGCGGUCGCUGUGGCCGUACCUGAACGACGCGGUUGCAUUUCCCGGAACGCAGCCGCCACCACCGCUAUGUUAUCAAGAUUACAGCCGGUCAUUAUUGCGCGACGUCGGUAACCAGCCGUCACCGCCGCCGGUUUUCGGAUGCGACGACGCGGACUCGGGUGACCAUGGAAAUCGUGACWUGAACGCCUCCACGUCGGUCGUCGUCGAUGGAGGCACGGACGACGGUGGCGAAUACGACGACGACUUUGACGGCGGUGCAAGAGACAAUGGUGAGGACGUCGACGACGACCAGGACGACGAUGACGAUGUCGAAGACGAUCCGCGGUUCGAUCGAUCUUUAGGAAAAUGCCUAAAUGACGUAGGCAUUCUACAAACAAGACAAAAUACAACUGUGCAAUCUUCAAAUGAAAACAAAUCUCGUCGAAGAAGAACAGCUUUCACGAGUGGUCAGCUUUUAGAAUUAGAGCGGGAAUUCCAGGCCAAAAAAUACCUAAGCUUAACUGAAAGAUCUGAAAUAGCAAAUUCAUUGAAACUUAGCGAAGUUCAGGUAAAGAUAUGGUUUCAAAACCGGCGAGCGAAAUGGAAACGGGUCAAGGCCAGCUUGUUGUCCGGAAACGCGUGCGGCAACGACGGCCAGAAAAGCAACGGCAGCGGAAAUGCGGCGCGUGGCCGAUCGAAAUGUCCAAAUGGCGUAGUCGGCGGCGGAGGGGCUGGAAAAAUUGUAGUACCCAUUCCGGUACACGUCAACCGGUUCGUGGUGCGGAGUAGGCACCAACAGUUGGAGAAAUGUGCUUCGGGUUUUGCGCAUCUCCGACGAGGCAGCGAUGCCGACUUCAAAAUUAAAAGUCGGCUGCAGCUGUACACGUCCGCCAUUCUGUAGUCUGCAGGUCCCGAGAUCAGCCUGUAAGUUAUGUUGCACUGCACGCAAUAAUAUUAUGUAAGGCGCAAUUUUUGGACAGAAAUUAAAGAAUAAGUAAUWAUAAUAAAUGCAUACAUACAAAUCACUAUAAYUUAGGUAUAUCAUGUAUAAUGGUUGUCAGUUGUUAUUUCG